CCUUGAGCUUAUUUUAAUUAACACACUUGAAACUAUGGCAGUUAGAUUCAACCAGAUGGCGGUUCUCCUCCUCCUCACGGCAGCGGCUUUGUGGCAGCGAUCUUCUGCCGCCACCUAUGUUGUCGGUGAUUCGUUGGGUUGGACCGUCCCGCCCAAUCCUACUUCGUAUUCUGAUUGGGCUUCCACUAAAACUUUUGUGGUUGGCGACGUUCUUGUUUUCAACUUUGCAAGCGGACGACAUGACGUAGCGGAAGUGACAAGGAGUGGUUUCGAUACUUGCAGCGGCGGCAAUCCGAUCUCCGUCGAGAACAACAGUCCUGCGAGAAUCACACUCACAUCCGCCGGCGACCACCACUUCAUCUGCAACUUUCCCGGCCACUGCAACGGCGGCCAAAAGCUUUCCGUCACCGUCAGAGCGACAGCGUCGCCGGCACCAACCGCCGUUCCUGUCCCCGGACCCAGCCGGUCGCCGUCUCCUGCACCAGCCGCCGUUCCUGUCCCCAGACCCAGCCGGUCGCCGUCUCCGGCACCAACCGCCGUUCCCGUCCCCGGACCCAGCCAGUCGCCGUCAUCAUCUGUCGUGCCGUCGCCGGCUCCUUCCCGCGAACCGAUGACGUACGUCGUCGGAGACUCGUCGGGAUGGACCGUCCCGUCCAGCGCCAGCUUCUACGAGUCAUGGGCUCGCGACAAGAGCUUCUUCGUCGGCGACGUUCUCGAGUUCAACUUCGCGAUUCAAACACACGACGUGGCGGAGGUCACAAGAGAGAAUUUCGACCGUUGCAGCGGCGAAUCGCCGCGCUCCCCUAUUUCCACCAACCCGCCGGUCAGAAUCACUCUCUCCGAAGCCGGCGAACAUUUCUUCAUCUGCACAUUCGCCGGCCACUGCGGCGUCGGUCAGAAGCUCGCCGUCAACGUCACCGGCGGCGGCGCUUCAUCUCCUCCCUCUAACACCGACCCUUCAAAUCUAUCUCCUACCACUGCUCCGCCGCCUCCCAGCGCCGCCUCAUCGCUCCGAGCCUCCGCCUUCUCCGCCGCUCUUCUCGCCGUCGCCCUAGCUCUGGUGUACUAGCCGACGUGGCCUUAUUAGUAUUUAGAAUUUAGAUUUCGUCAUUUUCAAAAUUUUUUAAAGAGAUUUUUUAAGGUUCUUUUCGUCUAUAAUUAGUAUAAUAAAUAAACUGUCCUUUUUUUAUUCUUUUUUGAAAUUUAUAGAGAUUUAUGGUUAAUUUUGUAUUGGUUGAUGUAAACAGAUUGGAAAUUUUAUAAUAGCUGGUAUGAAUUCAUAUUCUCGGAUUGUGGGAAAAUUG